AUGUCGAAACCGUUUAUGUUUUCUGCAUUUAACGUUACUAACCAAGUGUUCUAUCAAGCAAAGCAUUCCUUUGCGAUUGUCAAUCUCAAACCCAUUUUGCCAGGCCAUGUUUUAGUACUCCCUCGCAGGGUUGUCCCUCGAUUACGCGACCUUUCUCAGGAAGAGAUUGGUGAUCUUUUUGAGAGCGUCAAGAAGGUACAAUCUAUCCUCGAAAAAGUCUACACAGCAACUGCUUCCAACAUUGGCAUUCAGGAUGGAAAAGACGCUGGACAAACUGUCCCUCAUCUUCACGUGCACCUAAUUCCUCGCAAGAAACUCGACUUUAAUGAAAAUGAUGAAGUAUAUCAACAUUUGGAGAAGGCAGAGGCCAACCUUGAAUCGUUACAAGCUACAGGGAAAGAAGCCAUCGUAGGAGAUCAAGCUCCUCCUACAUCUAUGAAGAAAAGCAUCCCCAGAGAUGAAGACCGUCAACCCCGUACGCCUGAAGUUAUGCAGGAAGAAGCAACCUGGUUGCGUUCUUUCUUUGCACAAAAUCAGUAA